AUGAAGGUAUUCGUUUGCCUAUUGGCCCUUGCGGUGGCCGUACAAGCCGGCUACAUUGGUGGCGGUAGCAGUGGUUGGUCCAGCGGCGGCGGUGGUGGUUGGUCAGGCGGCGGUGGCGGCGGACAUGGCGGCGGCGGUGGCGGAUAUGGCGGUGGCGGAUUUGGCGGUGGUGGCGGCGGAGGCCACGGCGGCAGCGGCGGUGGCGGACAGGUGAAGAUUAUCAAAAUCAUCACUACUGGCGGAGGCGGCGGCGGCGGCGGCGGAUACGGCGGUGGUUUCGGCGGUGGCCACGGAGGCGGCGGCAGCGGCGGUGGUUGGAAGAGCGGCGGAGGUGGUGGUGGAUGGUCGAGCGGCGGAGGUGGUGGCGGCUGGAAGAGCGGCGGCGGUGGUGGUGGAUGGCAGCUCGGCGGAGGCGGAGGCGGUGGUGGUUGGUCCAGCGGCGGCGGCGGCGGCGGCGGUGGCUGGAAGAGCGGCGGUGGCUCUUCUGGAUGGUGGUGA